AUGGCGGCCGCCGGGGCGUCGGAGGACAAGAGCGUGCCUUCCCCGACGGUCUACCCGGCGUCGUCGUCCCACGACGCCGAGGCGGAGGCGGACGCCGCCGGGUCGCGGUCCACGCCGUACCUCCGCCAGCGCCGGUGCGCGCUCUGCUGCGGCGGCUGCUGCGUGGUCAUCGGCGUCAUCAUCCUGGUGCUCGCGCUCACCGUGUUCAAGGUCAAGGAGCCGCGCCUGACCGUGAACAACGUCUGGCUCACGGCCAUCAGCGCCGGGCCCGGGACCGGGACGAUCCCCGCGCCCGGGACCGGGACGAUCCCCGCGCCCGUGGCCACCAACGCCACGCUCACCGCCGACAUCUCCAUCAAGAACCCCAACGCCGCGGCAUUCAAGUUCUCGCAGACGGAGACGGACGUCUACUACAGGGGCCAGACGGUGAGCGUGGUGUACGCGCCCGCCGGCCGCGUGGGCGCCCACGGGAGCGACCGGUUGAACGUCACGGUCGACCUCCUCGCCGACCGCCUCGCGCGCGUGAUGAACGGCACCGGCCUGGUGUUCGGCCAGGAGUACGACCUCGACACCUACACGGAGAUCAAUGGGACGGUCAAUGUGCUGGGGAUCAUCAAGAAGGACGUCGAGAUCAAGUUGAAAUGCUCCGUCGUCGUCGAGGUUGGGGGAGCGGCUGCCGCGCUGGAGUAUGGGGUUGCGUCCACCGUGCAGAGCAAGAGCGUCAAUUGUUUAGCAGAUGUCACCUUGUGA